CGUGUCCUGCUCCGACGCCCGAUCCCACACCCACCUCGGCCACUAGCUGCCACCGGCCCGGCUGCGCCUCUGCUACAAAGCGAGAAAGCGCACGGCGCGAGCUCCCCCAAUUUCCCAAUUCCCCGGACGCCAGCAGGCCACGCCGCCACGCUCCACUUCCACCCCCUCCAGCCGCCGGUUGCCGCCCGAUCCGUCCUAUCCAGCGGGUGGCGGCCAUGGGAUUCGACAAGGAGGCGAGCUCCUCGUCCUCGCGGCUCGACGCGGCGGCGCCGCUGCUCCCGCAGCACGGCGGCGGCGGCGGCGCGGGCGGGCACCUGUCGUCGCAGCCCAAGACGUUCGCCAACGUCUUCAUCGCGGUGGUCGGCUCGGGCGUGCUGGGCCUGCCCUACACCUUCUCCCGCACGGGCUGGGCGGCGGGGACGCUGCUCCUCCUCGCCGUCGCCGCGCUCACCUUCCACUGCAUGAUGCUGCUCGUCGCCGCGCGCUGCCGGAUCGCCGACGAGCACCCCAAGAUCGCCUCUUUCGGGGACCUGGGCCACGCCGUCUACGGCGCGCCCGGGAGGCACGCCGUCGACGCCAUGCUCGUGCUCAGCCAGGCCAGCUUCUGCGUCGGCUACCUCAUGUUCAUCUCCAACACCAUGGCGCACCUCUACCCCAUCGGGGCCGACUCCCCGGCCUCCCCGCUCCUCACCGCCAAGGCGCUCUUCAUCUGGGCGAUGCUGCCGUUCCAGCUCGGCCUCAAUUCCAUCAAGACGCUCACGCUCCUCGCGCCGCUCAGCAUCUUCGCGGACGCCGUCGACCUCGGCGCCAUGGGCGUCGUCCUGGGCCAGGACGCCUCCAUCUGGCUCGCCAACAAGCCCCCCGUGUUCGCCUUCGCCGGCCCCGCCGAGAUCCUCUAUGGGCUCGGCGUCGCCGUCUACGCCUUCGAGGGAAUCGGCAUGGUCCUGCCGCUGGAGGCGGAGGCCGCGGACAAGCGCAGGUUCGGCGCCACGCUCGCGCUGUCCAUGGCGUUCAUCGCCAUCAUGUACGGGCUGUUCGGAGCGAUGGGCUACCUCGCGUUCGGCGCCGCCACGCGGGACAUUAUCACCACCAACCUCGGCACAGGGUGGCUCUCCGUCCUGGUGCAGCUCGGCCUCUGCAUCAACCUCUUCUUCACCAUGCCAGUGAUGAUGAACCCGGUCUACGAGGUCGCCGAGCGCCUGCUCUGCGGCAAGCGCUACGCCUGGUGGCUGCGCUGGAUCCUCGUCGUGGCCGUCGGUCUCCUGGCGAUGCUCGUGCCCAAUUUCGCCGACUUCCUCUCGCUCGUCGGGAGCAGCGUCUGCGUCGUGCUGGGGUUCGUGCUGCCCGCCGUGUUCCACCUCAAGGUGUUCGGCGGCGAGAUCGGUUGGGCCGCGCUCGUUGCCGACGUGGUCGUCAUCGUUAUCGGGGUUGCGCUUGCGGUGUCCGGGACAUGGACAUCGCUCGUUCAAAUCUUCAGUUCUAGUUAAGAAAAAGAUCGGGAAUUAGAGGAUGUGUGUAAACUAUACUAGUUUAAAUAAAGCAUAUCGUAAGGUUCUCUUCCCUUUACCAUGUAUUGAUUAAAUAGUUGAUUCAACUGCGGGAUGUGAACUUUUAUC